AUGUUAAUUUGGCUGCAAGGCUUCAAGAGGAACUUAGAAAGGCUGUCACAAAAAAUGGGUUCUGCAUUUGAAGUAAAUGAGAAAGCAGCCAUGAAAGUUGUGGAUGAAGCUGAUAAAUUACGGGUAGAGAAACAGGUUCUUGAAGAUAUGUUUUUGAAAGUGAAAAUAGAUUUAUGGCAUUUUUGUGAUUAUUUUGAAGAAAAAGUUGUUAGUUUUUUGGAGGAAAUGAUUCUAAAGUUGAAACAGUUGGAGAAGAUGAGGGACCAGAUUGAAAAUAUGAAGGGGAUUUUGUGGGUAAAUGGAAAGAUGCAGAAUCUGAAAGGUGAAAGAUUGAAUGGGAACUUGUUUCUACUUAAGCAAAAAUAUCUUCAACUUGAAAUUAAAGAGCUUGAAAAAAAAUUGGAUAGUCUUGUGCAGAAAACUGAGAAAUCACAGCCGAUAGAAGAUAAGAUGCCAAAAAUGGGUGGAGAUCAUCAGAAGACGGCGGAGAAAAGGGUGGUGAAAGGGUGCAUCAAGUCGGGAAAAGGACCAUGGGUGGUUCAGCGGACCACCAAAGACGGCCGUGUCAUCACCAGAUACCGGUUUCCCUCCGACAAGGAGAGGCUGAAGAACCGUGAACGGGAGAGAAACCGGCGAAAUGUUGCUCGGAAAAUCUUUUCUGGGCUUCGGACUUUCGGAAACUAUCAACUCUCAAAGAACGCUGACACCAUUGAUUUACUGAAAGCAGUUUGUGAAGAAGCUGGUUGGCAUGUUGAAGAAGAUGGGACGAUUUAUAAGAAGAAUGUGUUGCAUGAUGAGGAUGGUGGUUAUUGCACUUGUGAUGAGAAGAUGGAUACUUAUAUGGAAUCAAGAUCGAAGAUGCAUCCUCAGAAAGACCAUGAUGAUAUCAAUGUCACACUUUCUCUCACGUUAGCUAGCUAGUUAGAAACUAGGGUUUUGCAUGGUAUUUUAAAGAAUAUUGAUGCUUUAAUUAGGUGAU